AUGUCUGCUGCCAAGGCUGGUGCCAAACGGCUGGUCGUCUGCGGAGGCAACGGCUUUCUCGGAUCAAGAAUCUGUAAAUAUGGUGUCACAAGGGGAUGGGAUGUUACUUCAAUAAGGCAACCUUACGACAGCCGCUCAGGUGAACCGCACUGGGCCUCGGUGGGCCCGACGGCAUCGCCGCCUCCGUGGGCUCACCAGGUCAGCUGGGAGCGGGCCGACAUCUUUCAGCCCGAGGCCUGGGCUCCCCUGGUCAAGGGAGCCGACUAUGUCGUGCACAGCAUGGGCAUCCUGCUCGAGGCCGACUACAAGGGCGCCAUAUCCGGGAGGGAGAACCCCGUCCAGGGGCUGAAGAAGGCCUUCGCGGCAAAACCCCCCUCGGACCCCCGCCAGCUGACCUACGAGAUGAUGAACCGCGACAGCGCCAUCAUGCUCGCUAGGGAAGCCUCCAAGGAGAACGUCGGGGCCUUUGCUUACAUCUCGGCCGCUGGCAACGCGCCCGUCCUUCCGGCCAGGUACCUCAGCACCAAGCGCGAGGCGGAGAGCACCAUAGCUAGCGAGUUCCCCCGCAUGCGCAGCGUCUUUAUCCGGGCGCCAUUCUUGUACGAUACUUCAAGGCUUUUCACGGUCCCCAUGGCGGCGCUUACGGGUCUCGGUACAUUGUUCAACCGGUCCACCGGUGGAGUCUUUGGGAGCUUCCUGGGCGCCGCAGCCAUCAAGCCGCUCAAGGCAGAGGAUGUCGCCGCCGCAGUGAUUGAAGCUUUGAGCGAGGACAGUGUCCGGGGUCCGAUCGAAGUGCCUGAAAUUGAGGAGCUGGCCAACAAGGGCUGGAGGAAAGGCAUGUUGUGA